CCGUGACCUACGAACAAAGGCAGUGUACAGUAGAUCUGUGGGAUUUGCACCUGCGAUCGUCUAAAAACAAGGCAGAAUGGGUCACAAGCUCACUGUGGCAUUCGCAAACUUGCACUCGUGCUUUGUGCAUCUGCCACCAUCCUGGUCCAAUGCCCUGUGGGACCGCCUCAAGGCCCUCAAGGCAGGUGAAGUGGUAUUGGAACUAUUAUGGGCAGACAAGUCGACUGGCUCCGGUGGAAAAGCGUUUGUGGGAUGGGCGGGAGGUGCCACUACUCGAACGUCACAAAAUGGCCCGUUGUCGUCUAGUCCCGAUAGUGAAUACCUGGAACUGGACGCUCAAUACGGACGAGCUCUUGGUCUUAGGGAGGGACAAGUGGUGAACGUUGAAUUCUGCAAGGACGUUGUCUCAGGGACGUCGGUACACGUGGAACCUUUGACAGCAGAUGAUUGGGAGAUACUAGAACUCCACGCCGGAUACCUGGAAGAGCAAUUCUUGAAUCAAGUGCGGAUCGUAUGGAAGGAUCAGAUCAUAACCAUCUGGGUUCAUUCCCAAACUCUCAUCAAGCUCAAAGUUGUUGAAACCAACCCAAACGCGCGAUGCAUCAAACUUGACACCGAUGCAGAAGUGAUCGUUGCUCCAAAGCAGCGGUGGAAACCGAGCUCAAAUUCGAAACCCGAUAAUGCCCCACUGGAGAGUGCUGCUCCCAAAAUCAAAACCCCAUCCGUUGGCGUGCGAUUGUUACCAACCGAGGCUUUCACUCCUCGCCCAGGUGCCAUCAGCGACCUUCCCAUUCCCACGAUAUUCAUGUCUUCCGGCAGCUGGAUAGAACCGAUUGUGGAUGGACAAAUAGUAUUUAUCAAAAAGCGCACACUUGAGAAGAAGCAGACGCCGGAGCCUGAGCCUGUCAACAAAGAAGAAGUGUCGGGACAGGAGUCCGAAAGAAAUUUCGUAGCGCCAGAGGGAGCAUACGUGUACCUGCAAUGCGACAAUACCGUACCGAAAGGACAUGUGUGGGCUAAUGAAGCUGUUUGGUUGCCGCUGGGGCUUUCCGCCUUUAACCGUCUACGGGUGAGCAAAGUAAGCAAAGCGCCUUGCGAGGUGCGUAAGAUUGUUGUUCAGCGGGUCGUAUGGGGGCUGCAAGAGACAAAUUUGGUACUAAGGGGUAAAAGCUCAGAACGUGAAGCUCUGAUCGACACCGUGAGAGCAUCCUUUUCCGAGAUUGUUCAAAGGGACAGAUCACUGAUUCUCACCGAUGGUGGUCUAUUAUACGUAUCGGCCCGUAACGGGGACGAAGCGCCAAAUCGACUACCUGUUCCAAUCAUAAUCCGAUUCAGUGGGCGAAGUGCUCAGGAACCAACUGCGUCUGAAAAUAAGCAGCCGAAAGAGAUCGAAUAUCUUGUGAUCAAUGACGCUAAUGUCAAAGCCCUCCAAAUUGAGGUUGGAAACACCAUAACACAAGCGUCGCAAAAUAUUUCGACAGCAAUACCAGUACCGCGUCUCGGUGGAAUAGAACCCCUCCUCGACACCGUGACGUCGCACAUCAAAAACAGGAUCAGCCGCCGCUUACUUCGUGCUUCGAUACAGGCGCCAGCGCUGGGAGGAAUUCUGCUCUACGGGGCUCGCGGGUCGGGAAAGACAGAUAUUACCCGGCUUGUUGCUCAUCGAUUGAGUCUCGAUUAUGAUACAUUGGCCUAUACUCUGGUUAUCACAUGUACAAGUCUAGUCAGCGAGAGGAUAGCAAAGAUCAAAGAUCUUUGGCAGGAAACGAUAUACAAAGCCGCGUGGCACGGGCCAUCUAUAAUCGUGUUUGAUGAUCUUGACCGACUCAUACCUGCAGAGCAAGAGCAUGCCGAUUCCAGUCGUGCAAGGCAACUGUCGGAAAUCUUUCUUGAUAUGAUGGCAGCUGCUACGUCGAACCAUAACUUGGUCCUUGUGGCGACAUGUCAACAACAGACUUCGAUACAUCCAUCCCUUCUCUCACAUCACCUUUUUGGCGAGGUUGUUCACGUCGCGUCUCCAACGAAGCUCCAGCGACAACAGAUUUUGCACACACUAAUGUCCAUUGGGCCCGAAAUCAUGCAGCAAAGCCGUGGAAACAUCGACCUGUUAUCUGUUGCAGGCAGCACCGAAGGGUACAGUCCAGCUGAUCUUAAGGUCCUGGUAGAACGAACAGUGCACGAAGCGGCGAUACGCAAACUGUCUGAUUCAGCCACCUCGGAUGGAGAGAAGGAUACUACAUUGAGAGUUGAACAAGAAGAUUUUGUGGUGGCACAAAAGGGGUAUGUGCCUGCUUCCCUUAGGGGUGUCAAGUUGCAGAGUUCGGAAGUUUCGUGGGCGGACAUUGGAGGCUUGAAUGCAACCAAGCGUACCUUGUUGGAGACACUAGAGUGGCCGACGAAAUAUGCCGCCAUUUUCGCCAGUUGCACCUUACGGUUACGAUCAGGGCUCCUGCUAUACGGCUUCCCUGGAUGCGGUAAAACGCUGUUGGCGUCUGCAGUAGCCAAAGAGUGUGGGUUGAACUUCAUCAGCGUCAAGGGCCCCGAGCUUUUGAACAAGUAUAUCGGAGCUAGCGAGCAAUCUGUCCGUGAUCUCUUUGAGCGAGCCUCGGCUGCUAAGCCUUGUGUACUCUUCUUUGACGAGUUUGAUUCCAUCGCACCGCGAAGAGGACACGACAAUACGGGGGUGACGGAUCGCGUCGUGAAUCAGAUGCUGACUCAGAUGGAUGGAGCUGAGGGGUUAGACGGUGUAUACGUUUUGGCUGCGACAAGUCGACCAGAUAUCAUAGAUCCGGCGUUGCUUCGUCCAGGACGACUUGAUAAGAGCCUAUUCUGUGGAAUGCCGGAAUUUGAAGAGCGAUUGGAGAUCCUUCGAGCAGUAGCAAACAAGCUCUCCCUGUCACCUAGCGUAGAUCUCUCCCAUUACGCUGAGAGGACUGCAGGGUACUCUGGUGCCGAUCUGCAAGCCCUUCUCUAUAACGCGCAUUUGGAAGCCAUCCACGAAGUCAUUGACGCUGCAGAAAAGGACCGAAACAGUAAGGAAGAUACCCGUGAUCAGGAAGACAAGACGCAUUUUGUCGUAGUGCAGAAUGAAAAUGAGAUUGACAAGGUGAUGACUGCGGCAGAAAGGGGAGGGUUGGCGACAAGGAUUGAAUCAAUACAUAAGGGGCUACGUGAAUCAGUGUCGAGACCAUCGAAGGAGUCGCCGAAAUCGGGACAAGAUUCGCGACACCAGAAGACGGAGAUACUCUCGUUCCAUAUUGAUAGUGCUUUGAAAAGCACUCGCCCUUCCAUUAGCGAACAGGAGAAACGACGGCUGCAGCGUAUCUAUGAUGAAUUUAUUGGAGGAAAGGUUGGGCAAGAGGGCGUCGGUCAGCGAGCCACUUUGGCCUAGCGAUCUGUUAAAGCCAUAUAUUAUAUAGAACCAUGUGUAGAUAUAGCAAGCAAGGGAACUAAGAUAAAAUAGCAUCUAUUUGUUAGGCAAUAAAAUUUGCGUAGGAAAGAACCCACGCCGUACGAAACAAGCA